AUGCUGGGUACAUCACGUUUAACUCAUCUUGGAGUUAAUGGACCAUUCAGUAGUCUUGGACCUGUUUCCAGUCAUGUCGAUGCAGCAGCCUUGGACAAUAGUGCACGUAUAUCUCCAGAUAAUAAUCUGGAUUUUUAUGCUUAUUCACAAGCGGCACCAUAUAGUAUGCAACAAUUGACUGAUGAUGAUCUAUUAAUAAGUGGUUCGAAUCAUCAUGAAGAAAAAGAACGUACAGUACCACCUGAUAUGUCAUCGGUCCGGCAAGCUCGACCUGAUUUUGCAUAUUUUAUGAGUGAUGAAUUGAGAGCUGAACUACUCAGGCGUAAUCAGAUGUUAACUGCAUGUGCAAAUCUUGAUGUAGCAGCAGCUAUGCCAGAACGAGUAGGUGAUUAUUAUAACUUAAUGCCACUUGAUAGUAGUCAAGCAAAUGUUCCGCAUAAAUCACGAACUUUUCGUUAUCAAACAAUAAGUUAUAAAGCAACACAUAUUCGAACAAAUGCUAUAUGUUAUUUAAAACGAAUAAUGGGUUGUAAAUUACCAACAGUCCGUUUAUAUGAAGUUGUUGAAACAUGGAAAAAAAUAAUUCAUGCUAAUAUUGCACAAUUACGUGAAGUUUUUCUAACAAAAGAUUUUAAUGAUGAUCAACCUUCUAUCGUUUUUGUUUAUGAUUUUAUACCAUGUUGUGAAACAUUACAAAAACGUCAUUUCAGUUCAAACAAUAAUCUAUUAAAAGGUUGGUCAAAUCCGUAUAAUAUAUCUGGUGAAGAUCGUCCAUUUAGUGCAGGAAAAGGAACUAAUCAAACAGGUUUAUUAGCUGAAGCACUUAUUUGGGAAUAUGUUGUACAGAUAUCAUCAUUAAUUCGAACAUUACAUGCACCAUCACUUUCUUGUCGCUGUUUACAUUUGUCAAGAAUACUUGUUGAUGGAGAUUCAAAAGCAGGACGUGCAAAAUCUAGGUAUUAA